AUGAGGAAGAAGCAGCUGCAUAAAGUGCCACUUCUAGGUGAUAAUAUAUAUCCUCUUGAUGGUUCUCCGGAUAGUGCAUCGAUAACAAACAACCAGGGCCUCAAACUUGCAGUUUAUUCCUGGCAAGUGGACGAUCCCAAGGCGGCUAUUCUUCUCGUACACGGAGUACAAACCCAUGCCAGGUUUGAAUUCCUUAGACAUUUGCAGCCGGGAGAGCCGGAUCUACCCCUUCCAGAUGCCCCAGCCGGGACUCACAAGACGGAAGGCAGUGCAGGCAUGGCGACAAAUACGACACCUGAAGGAUCUGGUCUUAGCCAUCAGUAUGCACGGUGGUGUAUCUACGAGGGAAGUUGGGUGCACCAACUAAACGCCAUUGGAUGCUCGGUGUAUGCAGUGGACCUUGAGAGCUUCGGCUUUUCAGAGGGUUGGAAAGGACGCCGCUGCAGCGUCGAGAGGCUUGACAACCUUGCACUUGACGUCAUCUGCUUUGCAGAAUAUGUUGAAAAGGACCUCAGCAGAAGGGCGAAAGGAGCGGCACCUCCUCCGAUGUUCCUCAUGGGAAUAUCUAUGGGGGGCUUCUCAGUUGUGCGUGCCUUGGAACUCAUGGGCAAAUGUAAUCAUUCACUUAUUAGGGCAGGGAGCGCCUCACCAGAUGAGAAUCAAGCACGACUUGCUGGCUGCAUUGCUCUGGCACCAAUGCUUUCAGUUGAAAAGGCGAGCUCAGGAGCUUUAAAUAAAUCUCUCGCUAAAAUAGGCGGUAUCCUUUCGCGCCUCGCUCCCCACUUGGGCGUUGCCAAGCUCCACCCUGCACGGUUUCCCUGGAUCGACUUUCAGAAAGAUGAGGAUCCACUGGUAACCAGUCCCCUAAGGCUACCGUGCCGCUUGGCUUUAGAGGCCCUUGCCUCGAUUCCGAAGGUCCAUGCAGAUGCGCAGUUCAUCCCAGACCACCUCCGAGUUCUCAUAAUCCACGCAGAACAAGAUACACUUGUCGAGCCAGCGGGAAGCAUCCGUUUUCAUAAUGAGUCGGCGAAGCAUAUCACUGAGCGCCAACUGCUUCUUCUACAAGGCGACAGAGGGCACUACCUGAUUAUUGAGCCGGAAAACUCAGAGCUCAUUGCCAAGAUUAUCGAAUGGAUCAAUGUGUAA